GAAGAAAGAGGAACCCUUUAAAUGUCGCUCAUUUUGCUUCUGCUUUGCAUUGUCCUUCUCAUCCCCAUCAUGAGGACCUCAGGGAUCUGUGCUGGGAUCUUUAAAGCUCCAGUUCUGUGUUUCUUGUGGCUAACCAAGCACACAGUGGACUCAGCGCAGCUAUCGGCUCCAGAGGUGGUAACAGGAACAUACAAUGGAUCUGUCACCAUCUCGUGUCAGUACAGCCUUCAGUUUAAAGAAUACACAAAGUACUGGUGCAAAGGGCAGGUAUACGAGCUGUGUACGAUAAUAGUGAAAACACCAAAGGUGCGACAGAAUGACCGAAGCUCCAUUGUGGAUGAUAAGGAAGCGGGAGUCUUCACUGUAACCAUGACGUUACUUCAAAAAACAGAUGAGGACAUGUACUGGUGUGUCAUCGCCAGACAUGGAAGAAACAUCUUCAGUCGCGUCAGGCUGCUCGUCUCCGACACAGUGACAACCCCACUCACCACCACACAAAUCAACUCAUUCCUAAUACUGGAACAAGAACAAACAAGCUGGUGGGCGGCUCUACGUUGGAUCCUCUUUAUUUUAAUGCUGUGCUGUUUGGCGUCAACGCAUAUCAUUGUGUGGUGGACAAAGGCUGAAAAGAAAAUACCGUUUUUCAUCAAAACUCAAACAUGAAUUAAAGUUGGGCAACGCCACAAUUUUAAAACAUAGGUACAUUCCUUCAGUGUGUGAACUGACCUGAAAAUAAACCAAGUGAAAAAGAAGCAUUUAGGCACUUUUUUUCCUUCGUUUUAAAUGAUUAAAGCCUCAUUAGUGCCAGGGUCUGAGACAACUUUAGGCCCAACUUUUGAAUAUCCAAUCACCUUAAAAUUAGCACCCCUGGAGAACUGAUGAUGUUGGCUUUCAUUUAACUUAUUUGCAGACUUUAGAAGAACGGCCACAGUCGUUGGUAUUUUAUUUGCAACUGACCCCCAAUUUCUAGGGUUUUUUCACAAAGUCUAUCAAUGUUGGACUCCUAAGAUCUUAAAACAAUGCAGAGUUAAAAUCCAUUGAUGUGCAACUGAGAGGCUAACUAUAAAGAGCUGCUUUUAAAAGACAAACAUGGACAACAAUAAGGUUGGAUGGUGGUUAUGUGCUGCUCUCUCUUCUCCUGUUACACUGAGGAAGGAUCACAGAGUUAUAAUUUCUUCACAUUAAUAUAAUUUCACACUUGCUUAGGCCUCUGGUUCUUGCUCUGAGUGACACGGCAUAAUCUCACUGGAUACCUGCAGCAGAGAUGGAGUGUUUCUAUCCAAGGUAAAUUAUGUAAACUGGUGACCCCCAGUCACAAUCAGAGGUAAAUUGCCCUCAAAUUCCACAGAAAAAGUUAAAUAUUAGAUUCUCUGAGGACGGCGAUGAUGAUUACUGAUCCUGGCCGAGUAGAUUUUAUUACUCUGGUGGUUGGAGCUGCAAGAAGUUGCACAAUUGUGUCCGCUUUCAGAAAUGUGAAAACACCACAGAACAGCAUUAAUCAUUUGUUCAUUAUUACAUUCCCGUGCAUUGUAAUGCAAUAACCCUGUAUUAAAUCUUAUUUUUCAGAUGCAUAUAAAGUUUGCUUUAUGUGUAUCGCAAAGGUACAUUUAGUUUACAUUGUAAACGAUUGCACUGUUUGUUGUUUUUGAUAUUGCAUCCCUCCUUUUGAGAGUGGACAAAGAACCUUUGAGGCUUUUUCCACAGUGGACUUGUCAUAGUAGCAAAAGCACAUAACACAACAAGGAUCGUGGUGAGCCAUUAAACCGCAGCUGCUAAAUGG